UUCGUACGUUGUCAAAUGUCAAAGCAAACGUCAUAAUUGCAUCUCCCGAUUAAAUUACGACCGCAAAUUGAUAAAAAAAUCUAUUCCAACGAGCUGAGUAUCUUUCUCGGUGCUGCAAUUGCAUCCCAUACAUUACCCACAUCUUUCUACGAUUUAUCUAGUCUUAGGCGCGGCGUACAAGACGCACAGCUGCAUUUAAACACGAAAAAAUGUCAGGUUAACAGGUUAACUAAUUCAAGUUCUACCAGUUUUUGCCUACAACCACAAGAAAAAAAAACGAUAAUUCAUCGUGAAACGCCUUGCAUUACAUUCAUUUAAUUCGAUUACAUUCAAAAUUACAUCAUGAGUUUAUUUGGGUUUGGUCGCACAGCAGACAUAGAUAUCUAUUUAGACGGGCAGGAUAACCGGAAAACCGCCGAGGUAAAGACCGAAGAUGACAAGAAAGAACGCUUGUUGUUAUACUACGACGGUGAGACCGUCAGUGGCAAGGUGAAUAUCAGCCUGAAAAAAUCCGGAUCCAAACUAGAGCAUCAAGGCAUCAAGAUUGAAUUCAUCGGACAGAUUGAACUAUUCUACGAUCGCGGUAAUCACCAUGAAUUCACCUCGCUGGUGAAAGAACUAGCGCGUCCCGGGGAAAUGAUUCAAAACACUUCGUAUCCAUUCGAGUUUCUCAACGUUGAGAAACCCUACGAGAUCUACACCGGCGUCAAUGUGAAACUGCGUUACUUAAAAGUAACAGUCGUACGACGCCUAGCUGAUAUCACAAAAGAAGUGGAUAUCGCCGUGCAUACACUCAGCAGUUAUCCGGAUAUCAACAACUCGAUCAAGAUGGAGGUCGGUAUUGAGGAUUGCCUACAUAUUGAGUUCGAGUACAACAAGAGCAAGUAUCAUCUGAAAGACGUGAUUGUCGGCAAGAUUUACUUCCUGCUCGUGCGCAUCAAGAUCAAGCACAUGGAGAUUGCGAUUAUUAAGAAGGAGAGCACCGGAAUGAGUAAUAAUAUUUAUCAUGAGAAUGUCACGAUUGCAAAGUAUGAGAUUAUGGAUGGCGCGCCUGUCAGAGGUGAAAGUAUACCGAUUAGGGUGUUUCUGGGCGGGUAUGACCUGACGCCGACGAUGCGCGAUAUAAAUAAGAAGUUUUCGGUGAAGUAUUUUCUGAAUUUGGUGUUGAUGGACACCGAGGAUCGGAGAUAUUUCAAACAGCAGGAGAUUACACUCUGGAGGAAAGGUGAAAAAACAAGAAAAUCCAAUCUGCAAUCACCGCUUGUGGCCACACAUCUUGUUAGCGGUGAUAUGAGUUGCCUAUCUUCAUCAGCCGCCGCCCCGAGUACGACUGCAAGCGUCCAAGCGAAUUCCAACAUUGAUAUUACCCCUGCUGCAAGUGAAGAUAAACAAAAUCUCUUGCCUGAUGAUGCUUCUACUCUCCCAACGGCGAAUUUGCCGGUGGAACAAGCAGCGCGUCCUGGUAUCGUCGACGGUAGUGAAACUACCGCUCAGAAUGAUGAUAUUGACGGUGAUGAACCGCCUCUACCGCCGCAGGGUAUACAGAGUAUGACCCGGGAGGCUGGUGAUGGGCAGAAUAAUGAUACACCGCCGCUGCUUGAAGAGUGACCGCGUUUUGGUGGCGUUGAAUCGGUCUAAUGAUGGUAUAGUUAGGCGAAACAAGAAAAUGGCGCAGGAAUUGUAAAUAAAUAAUAUAAUUCUAAAGUAAUGUACGCGCGGGCGGGGUGCGUAUGCGGUUCGAAUUGUUGUCUAUUAUGAUGUCUAUCGACGAUUAUUCCAAAUUUACGUUUAUUAGCAUAUUACUUGACUCUAGCGAUUACGUUUCAUUCUCACACCAGUGAUGAUAACAACACACAGACACAUGUAUUUGCAAAUUAUUUCCUGAUGAUUGUUAUUCAUAUUCUUAUUAUGUAUAUUUUCGAUAGUCUAUUAUUAUUAUAAUCUGUAAUCAACAAA